AUGGUGAUGAAGGAUCGAAUACGUGAUGGCUACACACCAAUCAAUGCACCAUCUCGUCACGAAAUGGAUGUCAUCAGAGAAUUUUGGAAUUCAUCAGGUGAUCCUAUGAUGGCCGUUGUGCUGUUGACGGCACGAGACAAUGGCUCGAUGUUCAGAGAGGAAUAUUUCGAUGAAGCAAAUUCACUUAAUAAUUUCUUAAUGAACAAUUUCACGAUUGACUAUGAGGGUGAAUCCGUGUAUUAUAAAGAUGUUUGUGCACCUUAUUGUCAGAUCAAUAUCGCAGUUGAAUUGCUUAAGGCAGGAAUGGACUAUGAAAAAGUUCGUUUAAAAGAAGGUAAGGCACUCUCAACGGAUACAACACUGACGUAUCCGGUGGCCAAAAUCGAUGGUAUUGACGUGCAUGUGGAGCGCACUCUGUUUGGGGUUAAAUACCGAGAGCAUUUCGACAAGAAAGCUUUAGUUGGAAUAAAAGCUGAUGACCUACCGAAAAAUUUAACACUCUCGCAGAUGGUAACAAACAUCGAUUUUGUUAAGGUUAUUUUAUUGUUGUUUCGCGGUGAUAAAUUGAACGCCGAUCUUGAUAAGAAAUUAACGUUGUGGGAAUUGGGCGUUUUCGACUUUGGUCGUGAGAAAUAUAACAAUCCACUCAUUGACAUGCAGGUGAUUGGUACUGAGAUUCUCGAUCAAGAAAUGAUCAAAGAUGGUCAAAAAAUGACACCGUUCUUCGCUGCAGGUUUUGGUUUCAUGAUGGUAUUCGUUGGAUUGACUGUAUUGUUGAGUGCGAUAUUCUAUGAUGCAUUAGACUGGGGUAAGGCGUUAGUGGCCAUUGGUACAAUCCUAUGUCCAAUUCUAUCGAUAACAACCACUUACGGGUUAAUCUCAUUAUUUGGUUCACGGACAAAUUCGUUUAUGUUGGUUAUGCCAUUUCUUAUAAUGGGUAUUGGUAAGUUAUCAUUUUUGGUUCGAAUCACCAGUUGA